UGGUCUGCUCCGGUCGCCCGGUGCGGGUUCGGGUUCCGGACGCAAAGCUGCGGCCGGGCCUGGUGGUAGCUGCGGUCGUGACAGCCAAGGCAGAAUUGGCACCAUGGAGGGGCCCAGGGCUGCCCCUCAGCCGUACUUAGGGCUGGUUCUGGAGAAAUUGCGCAGGGUUGUGGCAGCAUUGCCUGAAGAUAUGAGACCAGGUCCUGAUCCCUAUGGUUUUCCGUGGGAAUUGGUGACAGGUGCAGCUAUUUUUGGAUUUUUUGCUGUUCUCUUGUUUUUGUGGAGAAGUUUUCGUUCGGUAAGUAACUAAUGCUAUACUAAAAGAAUGUUCAUUCUAAGUCUUCAGGCUGCCAGCAUUCCUUGGCGCAUAGCUGUAUCAUUCCAGUCUCUGCUUCUUCACAUUGCCUUCUCUCCUGACUUUGAUCCUUCUGCCUCCUUUUAUAAGGAUCUUUGUGAUUACGUUGGGCCCACCAGUUCUAGAGGUUUCACUUACAGUGUUGCUUUGUUUCAGUAUGAAGGUUUGGAGUCAUCUUUAAAGGAUGGAAAGGAGUCGACAGAAGCACAGAGUUUGGAGACAACCUAUGAAAAGCUGGACAGGUCCAAGUCUGAACUUGAGGAUGAAAUACUCUUUCUAGAAAAACAGUUAAAAGAAGAGAAAUCUAAACGUUCUGAAAAAGAUGAAUUGGUGAUGGAUAUUUCAGAAAGGAUACAGUCCCUAGAAGAUGAAUCAAAAUCUCUCAAAUCACAAGUAGCUGAAGCCAAAAUGACCUUCAAAAUAUUUCAAAUGAAUGAAGAACGACUUAAGAUAGCAAUAAAAGAUGCUUUGAAUGCAAAUUCCCAACUUCAGGAAAGCGAGAAACAGGUUUGUACUUUUCCCCCUUUGCUAAAUGUCAAGUCUCUGACUGAACACUUGCUGAAGAUGAAAGAUUGGGCUGCUGUGCUUGGAGAAGAUGUAGUGGAUGACGAUAGCUUGGAACUGGAAAUGAAGAGUGAAUCAGAAUAUGGUACCUAUUUAGAUGAUCAGCCAAGAGGAGCUUUGAAGAAACUGAUCCAUGCUGCUAAGUUAAAUGCUUCCUUAAAAACCCUGGAAGGAGAAAGAAACCAAAUUUACAUUCAAUUAUCUGAAGUAGAUAAAACAAAGGAAGAGCUUACAGAGCGUAUUAAAGAUCUCCAGACUGAGCAAUCAUCUUUGCAGUCAGAAAAUGCACAGUUUGAAAAUGAGAAUCAAAAGCUUCAGCAGAAACUGAAAGUAAUGACUGAACUAUAUCAAGAAAAUGAAAUGAAACUUCACAGGAAAUUAACAGUAGAAGAAAAUUACCGGUUAGAGAAAGAGGAGAAACUUUCCAAAGCAGAUGAAAAGCUCAGUCAUGCAGCUGAAGAACUGGAGAUCUAUAGGUGUCUUGCUGUUAGGCAAUUGUACAGAAAAUGUAAAAAGGAAAAAAUGUUUUACUUUCAGUGCUGUAAUAUUUUUGUAUGUUUAUCUUUCAUUUUAAGUUUGUAUAAAUGUAAUUUUUGUUUUAUUUUCUUUAAGUUGGCAGCUCGGACUGCUGAAAGAAACCUCAAUGAUUUAAGGAAGGAAAAUGCUCACAAUAGACAGAAAUUAACUGAAACAGAGUUUAAAUAUGAACUUUUAGAGAAAGAUCCUUAUGCACUUGAUGUUCCAAAUACAUUUGGCAGAGAGCAUUCCCCGUAUGGUCCCUCACCAUUGGGUCGACCUUCACCUGAAACGAGAGCUUUUCUCUCCCCUCCAACUUUGUUGGAGGGUCCACUCAGACUUUCACCUUUGCUUCCAGGGGGAGGAGGAAGAGACUCAAGAGGACCAGGGAAUCUCCUGGACCAUCAGAUUACCAAUGAAAGAGGAGAAUCAAGCUAUGACAGGUUAUUUGGUCCUCAUAGAGCACCUUCUGACACUGGUUCCCUGUCACCUCCCUGGGAACAGGAUCGUAAGAUGAUGAUCCUUCCAUCAGGCCAGCUGUAUCCUGAUCCAGCUUUUCCUCCACAAAGGCAAGACAGAUAUUAUUCUAAUUCUGGUAGACUAUCUGGACCAGCAGAGCUCAGAAGUUUUAAUAUGCCUUCUUUGGAUAAAGCGGAUGGGCCAAUGUCUUCAGAAAUGGAAUCCAGUAAAAAUGACCCCAAAGAUGAUCUUGGUAAUUUAAAUGUGCCUGAUUCAUCUCUCCCUGCUGGAAAUGAAGCAACUGGCCCUGGCUUUGGUCCUCCACCUCUUCCUCCAGUCAAAGGUCCAUUGUUUCCAGUGGACACAAGGGGGCCUUUCAUGAGAAGAGGACCUCCUUUUCCUCCACCUCCUCCAGGAAGCAUGUAUGGAGCUUCCCGAGACUAUUUUCCACCAAGGGAUUUCCUUGGCCCACCACAUCCACCAUUAGCAAUGAGAAAUGUGUAUUCACCAAGGGGUUUUCCUCAUUAUCUUCCCCCAAGACCUGGAUUUUAUCCCCAACCCCAACAUCCUGAAGGUAGAAGUGAAUUCCCACCAGGGUUGAUUCCACCUUCAAAUGAGCCUGCUACUGAACAUCCAGAACCACAACAAGAAACUUGACAAUACUUUUGGUCUCUCUUCAAAAGCAGUUUUGACUUAAUCUCUCAUUUUCAGUUUAAGUAACUGCUGUUACUUAAGUGAAUAUACUUUUGCUCAAAUUGAAGCUUAACGGAACUAUAAUUCUCAGGAUAGUAUUUUGUAAAUAAAGAUGAUUUAAAUAUGAAUCUUACGAGUAAAUUAUUUCCAUUUUAUUAUAUUCUAGAUGGUAUAAUUAUUUUAAUUUGAUUAACAAAUCCACUGCCACAUAAACAAUCUUGCAGUUGGGGAUGUUUUAAAUUCCAAAGGCUGUGUCCUUAUGCCAAGAACUGUAUUUACUAUAGUUGUAGACAAAUGUGAAAAUAACUUUAUGCUUAAUUAAAUAAAUUUUAAUUGGUUUAAAGACUUGUUUAGCAUUUAUAAUAAUAAAAUCAUCUAGUUUUUCCAUAAAUGUGGCUUCAUUAAUUGGUCUUUUUUCCUUCUAUCAAUAUUUUUUCCUUCUAUCAAUAGCUUGAGGCUGAAAACUAAUGCUUUCUAUGGGUCUUUCUGAUUCCAUUAUCUUACCAAAACCAUGCCUUCUUUCUUGUAAAUAGAUAUAAAUGACCCAAAGCAACAAAUUAAUACACUUUUAAAAAUAAAAAUGAAUUUUAAGAUAACACUUCUAAAAAUAAAAAUGAAUUAUAUUUUAAAGAAAAAUAGGAUAUUUUGUAGGAGCAAAUUUCAGAAUUCAGAUCGCCUUAGUUCAGUCACUGGUUUUCUCUAUAGUUUUAUUUCUUGUUUUUCUCUUCAUUUGUAAGAUGACUAUUUUCUGUAGAGAAUGUUGGCAUUUGCUGCAGAAUAACUGUAUUGAGACAGUGUGUCAUCAGUUGGAGCUUUGGACUCAAUAUCCUUAGAGUGAUUUUUUCUCAAUCAGGUCUGUAUUCUAUUAUUAGUCUUGAACAUCAAUAUGAUUAUGAAAGGAAGAGGAAAUUAAGUAUAGCUAAUAAAUAUCACAA